UUCAGUAUCGCAGCGACAGUCGCAUAGAUCUCAUCCACCAGCUUGUUCUGGCGAGACAUAAUUAUUUUGCAAACAUACAAAACAGCAAAGCCGUUCAUUGCUGAGUUCGAAAAUAAUCAUCACGAUACUUUUAUUCCUAAUUAUUGUUAUCAUUAUUAUAUUUGCUUAUGAUUAUUACGUGCAUCACUCAGGAGCCGGACGAUUGAUCAAUGAAAUACCAGGACUGAAAGGUAUUCCGAUUCUUGGCAAUAUAGUGCAAAUAUAACUGCCACGCGACAAACUUUGGUUGUUUUUUGUACUAUGAUGGACAAAUAUUAUCCAAUUACUAAAUUUUGGGGGUUCCAUAUAUGUUUGGUAACUAUCCGUCAUCCAGAUGAUCUCGAGGUAAUAUUAAACAAUACGAAGCAUAUAGAAAAAAGUAUAAUAUACAAUAUUUUUAUUCCUUGGCUAAAUACUGGACUUCUUACCAGCAGAGAUGCCAAGUGGCACUCACGACGUAAGAUACUGACGUCUGCAUUUCAUUUCAAUGUAUUGCGAAAGUAUGUUGAUGUUUUAAUUGUGGAGCGACAACUCAUGACCAAGACCUUAAAAGAUGUCGGUGGAACUAUUGAAAAGAAUGUCUUUACAUUUGCUUCUGAACAUACGUUGAACGCAAUAUAUGGUAAAUUAUGAGAUAUUUUUAUUAUGUGAGUCUAUAUAAAGUUUAUUUGGCAUAACCAAAAGUAAGAGAAUUUGUUUGCGCGUAUAGACGGUACGUUAAAUUAACGAUCAUUGAUAUUUCCGUAGUGAUUAUUACUGGUUGUCUCAGACAUAGACAAAUUGCGUAA